CUCACCAGAGCACCCGCUGCUCCUGCUCUCGACUCGCCAGCCAGUCACUCAACCGCACCCAGUCGAGCCGGUACACGAGCAGCGCAGAGCCAGAGCACAAAGCACAGAGCCGCACAGCCGCAAAGGCCCACCGCCCGCCAUGCUCCACUACAACCUCAAGGCCCUCAUCAAGGCCAUUCGGUCCACCAAGACGAUCGCGGACGAGCGCGCCCUCAUCGUCAAGGAGUCGGCCGCGAUCCGCACCAGCUUCAAGGAGGAGGACUCGUUCACGCGGCACCACAACAUCGCCAAGCUGCUGUACAUCCACAUGCUCGGGUACCCGGCCCACUUUGGGCAGAUCGAGUGCCUCAAGCUCGUCGCGUCGCCCCGCUUCACCGACAAGCGCCUCGGGUACCUCGGCAUCAUGCUCCUCCUCGACGAGAACCAGGAGGUCCUCACCCUCGUCACCAACUCGCUCAAGAACGACAUGAACCACUCGUCGGCGUCGACCGUCUCGCUCGCGCUCGCCACGUUCGCCAACAUUGCGUCCGAGGAGAUGGCGCGCGACCUCGUGACCGAGAUCGAGCGGUGCCUCGGGUCGGGCAACGCCUACAUCCGCAAAAAAGCGGCCCUCGCCGCCCUGCGCUCGCUGUACAAGGUCCCCGAGCUCGUCGACCACUUUGAGGGCCGCGCCAUGAGCCUCCUCAGCGACCGCAACCACGGCGUCUUGCUCACCGGCAUCACGCUCGUCACCGAGAUGGCCCGCCUCGUCGGCUCCGACCCGUUCCGCAAGGCGGUCCCGCUCCUCGUGCGACACCUCAAGGCGCUCGUCGCGACCAACUACUCGCCCGAGCACGACGUGAGCGGCAUCACGGACCCGUUCCUCCAGGUCAAGAUCCUGCGCCUGUUGCGGCUCCUCGGCAAGGGCGACGUCGAGGCGAGCGAGGCCAUGAACGACAUCCUCGCCCAGGUCGCGACCAACACCGAGGCGGCCAAGAACGUCGGCAACUCGAUCCUGUACGAGACGGUGCUCACCAUCCUCGACAUCGAGGCCGACAGCGGCCUGCGCGUCAUGGCCAUCAACAUCCUCGGCAAGUUCCUCGGCAACCGCGACAACAACAUCCGGUACGUCGCCCUCAACACGCUCCUCAAGGUCGUCGCCAUGGACACCAACGCCGUCCAGCGCCACCGCGCCAUCAUCCUCGACUGCCUGCGCGACGGCGACAUCUCGAUCCGCCGCCGCGCCCUCGAGCUCUCGUACGCGCUCGUCAACGAGACCAACGUGCGCGUCUUGACGCGCGAGCUCCUCGCCUUCCUCGAGGUGGCCGACAACGAGUUCAAGCUCGGCAUGACGACCCAGGUGUGCGCCGCCGCCGAGCGCUUUGCGCCCAACCGCCGGUGGCACAUCGACACGGUCCUGCGCGUCCUCAAACUCGCCGGCAACUACGUGCGCGAGGAGGUCCUGUCGAGCUUUAUCCGCCUCGUGACGCACACGCCCGACCUCCAGUCGUACACCGUCUUCAAGCUGUACACGGCCCUGCGCGCCGACGUGUCGCAGGAGGCGCUCACGCUCGCGGGCGUGUGGACCAUCGGCGAGUACGGCGACGUGCUCCUCCAGGGCGGCACAACGGCGGCCACGACCGACGAGGGCGACGAGGGCCAGGCGACGACGAGCGAGGCCGUGAGCGAGCAGGACGUGCUCGACCUCCUCGAGCGCAUCCUCGUGUCGCCCUACACCAACACGAUCAUCCGCCAGUUUGUCCUCACGGCGCUCGCAAAGCUCUCGACGCGCUUCUCGCAGCCGCAGCAGGUGGCGCGCAUCUCGACGCUCGUGCGCGGCUACGACGCGAGCGUCGAGCUCGAGCUGCAGCAGCGCGCCGUCGAGUUUGGCGCCCUGCUCGAGCUCGACUCGAUCAAGGGCGGCGUCCUCGAGCGCAUGCCGCCGCCCGAGAUCAAGGCGACCGUCAUGGGCACCGUGUCGGAGAAGCGGCCUGUCGGCUCGCUCCGGAGGGACAAGGACGCCCUCCUCGAUCUCAUGGGCGACGAGGGCCAGGACGGCUCGUCCUCGGCGGCGGCGGCGGUGAGCCCGGCGCAGCAGCAGCAGACGACGCACGACCUGCUCGCCGACAUCUUUGGCAGCGGUGACGCGCCCGCACCUACCGCCGCCGCACCAGCAGCCUCGUCGGCGUCGUCGUCGUCGGGCGUCAACGACAUCAUGUCGCUGUUUGGCUCGACCAGCCUCUCGCCGCAGCCGACCGGCGGCGCUCCCCCUCCUUCCGUGUCCAACGACCUCUUCUCGUCCAUGUCGUCCACCGCUCCUUCCCCCUCUGCACCCGCACCUGCACCCGCACGCGCACCCGCCGCCGCCGCACCAACCCCGUCGUCGUCCUCCGCACCCCAGCCCCUCGAGGCGUACAACCGCAACGGCCUCGUCAUCACGCUCACGGCCGUGCGCGACUCGUCCAACCGGCUCGUGGCCAACAUCCUCGCAAAGUUCACCAACUCGUCGCCCGGCCACGCUCUCGGGCGUCAACUUCCAGCCGCCGUCCCCAAGACGCAGAAGCUCCAGAUGCUCGCCAUGUCGCGGCAGGACGUGGCGCCCGGCGCGACAGAGACGCAGCAGCUGCGCGUCAUGGUCGGCGCCGCGGGCGCCAACGUCCGGCUGCGGCUCCGGAUCGCCUACGUCGUCGACGGCGCGCAGGAGCAGGACCAGACCGACUUUAGCUUCCCGCCCGACCUCAUGGCCGGCCCGUAGACAUCCCUCUCGUCCUCCCCCUUUCUCUCUCUGUUUACCCCGGGCCCGUCGUCGUCGUCGUCGCCCGCCCUCUCUAUUCCCCACUCGUCGUCGGGCUCGCUGUGCAUCUCUUCAUUCUCGCUCU